CCCAAAAUGAGUUGCAGGGAAAUGAGGGAUAAAGUUGGGGAAAAUUUCAAUGUGAAGGUUAGUGUUGGACAAUGCAGGAAUGCAAAGAAGUUUGCACUUAAUGAGAUCGAAGGCAGUUUGAACACACAUUAUGAAAAAUUAUGGAGUUAUGGAGCUGAGAUAUUAAGAGCUAAUCCAGGGUCAACAGUGAAAAUUGGGACGGAUACAAUGCCUGAUUCCACAAUUUAUUUUUCUAGGAUGUAUGUUUGUAUCAAAGGUGUAAAGGAUGGUUGGAUUGAAGGAUGCAGGAGGGUUAUAGGUGUAGAUGGUUGCUUUUUAAAAGGUAUUUGCAGAGGUGAGCUUCUUUCAGCUGUAGGUAGAGACGCUAACAACCAUAUUUACCCCAUUGCUUAGGCAGUAGUUGCAGUUGAGAACAAAGAAACUUGGAAGUGGUUUCUAAACUUACUACUUAAGGACAUUAACAUGGGAAAUGGGGCAGGAUUAACCUUACUUUCUGACCAACACAAGGGUCUUAUUGAGGCUGUUAAAGAAAGAGUACCAGAUGCUGAGCAUAGGCAAUGUGCUAGGCACGUGUAUGCUAAUUUCAAGAAAAAAUUUAAGGGUGCUGCAUAUAGGAAGCUUUUUUGGAGGGCUGCAAAGGCCACAACUGUGCAAAGGUUUGAAGGUAUAAUGAAAGAGAUUAGGGUGAUUGAUGUACAAGCAUAUGAUCACUUGAUGGAAAGAGAUCCAAAAUCCUGGUCUAGGGCUUUUUUUGUAUUGGACAGGUCUUGUGAUGCCAUUGAGAAUGGUAUUUGUGAAUCUUUUAAUGCUGCAAUUGUGCAUGCUAGGAAAAAGCCGAUUAUAACAAUGUUAGAGGAAAUUAGGAGGUUUGUGAUGGAUAGGAUGUAUUGUAAAAGAUUGAAGGGGCAGAAAUGGAAUCUAGCCAUAUGUCCAUCUAUUAGAAAGAAAAUAGUGGACAAGAGGAAACAUCUAAGGUAUAUAUACUUUAUUUUAUAGGUAUUGGCAUGUAAUUCCCAAGUACUAAUUUUAUACUAUAUUACUUUAUUUUAUAGGUAUUGGUAUGUAAUUCCCAGUGGAGUGCAACAAUUUGAGGUGAGGUCAGUACAUGAGGUUUAUGUUGUGUACUUGAACCAAAGAACAUGUGCAUGUAGAGGAUGGCAACUAAGUGGAAUACCAUGUGUACAUGCCAUGGCUGCUAUUAGUUAUCUAAAUGAGAAUGUUGAAGACUAUGUGGCAACUUGGUUCACAACAGAAAUGUUUGGAAAUUGCUAUAAGUAUACAAUUAAUCCUAUAAAUGGAAGUGAAAUGUGGCCAUCUUGGGAAGGUCAACCUAUGUUGCCCCCGAAACGUAAAAGAUUACCUGGCAGACCUAAAGUCAACAGGAAGAAGGCUGCUUCAGAAAAAGAAGGUCGACAUACUAUUAGCAAGAAAGGGGCUAUUAC